AUGGCCACCCAGGCAGAAGCCUCUGAGGAGAGGAUUUCUGAAUUCGAUGAUGAUUUUGUCUCCCAGUUAUCUGCUCUUCUGGGUGUGGAUGCACACCGGGUCUUAAAAAGACAAGAAGAAAAAGACCAUACAUUACGAAUGAAAAUGAAGAAAGGUUUUAACCCACAGAUGCGCAGUGAAGCCAAACGAUUAAAGACUUUCGUGACCUAUGACACAUUCAGAUCAUGGACGCCACAGGAGAUGGCAGCUGCUGGGUUUUACUAUACCGGGGUGAAACUUGGGGUUCAGUGCUUCUGCUGUAGCUUAAUCCUCUUUUGCACCAGACUAAGGAAUCUUCCCAUAGAAAGCCACAAGAGAUGGCAUCCGGAUUGCGCGUUCCUUUUGGGCAAAGAUGUUGGGAACAUUGGCAAGUAUGACAUAAGGGUGAAGAGUCCAGAGAAGCUGAGGGGCAGCAAAGCAAGGUACCAAGAAGAGGAGGCCAGACUGGAGUCCUUUGAGAACUGGCCGUUCUAUGCCCAUGGGACAUCGCCACGUGUGCUCUCAGCAGCUGGCUUCAUCUUUACAGUUAGUACAGGUGCCCAUGGAGGGCAGAGGUCUCAGAACACCUUCGAGCUACAGUGUGAAUUUCUUCGAAGUAAGAAAUCCUCGGAGGAAAUUGCCCAGUAUAUUAAAAGCUACGAGGGAUUUGUCCAUUUCACGGGAGAACAUUUUGUGAAUUCCUGGGUCAGAAGAGAAUUACCUAUGGUGUCAGCUUACUGCAAUGACAGUGUCUUCGCUAAUGAAGAGCUAAGGCUGGACACUUUCAAGGACUGGCCCCACACGUCACCUGUGGCUGUUGAAGCUCUGGUCAGAGCAGGCCUUUUCUACACAGGAUGGCUGACUUGGGAGAGGGUGUUCAUCAAAGCACAUUAUACUCAGGAGCGUUCAGUGACUGUUGCUGACCACCACCCAUUGAAGGACCAAAGUCCUGUCUGUGUCUUUCUCCAAAACCUGAAGUCCUCUGCAGAAGUGAGUCCAGCCCUUCAGAGCCACUGUGCACUUCCAGAAGCCAUGGACAGCACAGGGGAAAGCAAUCAUGGGGACCCAGCGGCAGUUCACUCCACCAUGGCCGACCUGGCUCCCAGGGAAGCCCAGUGGUUUCAAGAGGCAGAGAGUCUGAGUGAGCAGCUGAGAAGAGCCUACACCAAAGCCACUUUCCGCCUCAUGGAUUUGCCAGAGGUGUGUUCCAGCCUAGGCACUGACCACUUGCUUGGGUGUGAUCUGUUCAUCAUCUCAAAGCACAUCAGCAGGCCAGUGCAAGAGGCCAUGAUGCUUCCUGAGGUCUUCACCAACCUCAGCUCUGUCAUGUGUGUGGAGGGGGAGACCGGCAGUGGGAAGACAACCUUCCUGAAGAAAACAGCUUUCCUCUGGGCAUCAGGAUACUGUCCCCUGCUGAACAGGUUCCAGCUGGUCUUCUACAUCUCCCUGAGGUCCACCAGACCAGACCAGGGGCUGGCCGACAUCAUCGGUGCCCAACUCCUAGAGGCAGGAGGAUGCGUUAGUGACAUGUGCCUGAGCAGCAGCAUCCAGCAGCUAAGGCACCGGGUGCUGUUCCUGUUGGAUGACUACCGUGGGAUGGACUCACUGCCCCAAGCCAUACAAACACUGAUUACAAAAAACCACUUGUCACGAACCUGCCUAUUGAUUGCUGUCCAUACAAACAGGGCCAGGUCCAUCCGCCCAUACCUAGACACAAUCCUAGAGAUCCAAGAGUUUCCCUUAUAUAAUACUGUCUCUGUACUACAGAGGGUCUUCUCACAUGAUAUAACCCGUGUGGAAAAGUUUAUGGAAUACUUAGGAAAGAAUGAAGAUUUGCAGGGAAUUCACAAAACCCCCCUCUUCGUGGCAGCAGUCUGUGCUAACUGGUUUCAAAAUCCUUCUGACCAGUCCUUUCACAAUGUGGCAGUUUUCAAGUUCUAUAUGAAAUACCUUUCCUUACAGCACAAGGCUACGCCUGAGCCUCUCAGGGCCACUGUGUCCUUGUGUGGUCAGCUGGCCUUGCGAGGGCUUUUCUCAUCUUGCUUUGAGUUCAGUAGUGAGGACCUCACAGAAGCAGGAGUUGAUGAAGAUGAAGAUCUGACCACCUGCCUGAUGAGUAAGUUCACAGCCCAGAGACUGAGCCCAGUCUAUCGGUUCCUAAGUCCUUUGUUCCAAGAAUUUCUUGCUGCCAUGAGGCUGACUGAACUCCUGAGUUCAGAAAGAAAGGAAGACCAAGAUCUGGGACUUGAUUAUUUGAGACAGAUUAACUCACCCUUGAAAGCAAUGAGUGUCUACAAUAAUUUUUUGAAGUAUGUCUCCAGCCACUCUUCAUCAAAGGCAGCGCCAAUGGUUGUGUCUCACUUGCUUCAGUUGGUGGAUGAUAAAGAGUCGCUGGAGAACAUGUCUGAAAAUGAGGAUUACGGGAAGCUCCAUCAAAAAACUCCUCAGAUGAUGAAGUUAAUUAAAGAAAUGUGGCAGGUAUAUCCUGAAGUUUUUUCCUCAAUCACCUCAGAACAUCUGCUGAGCGUUGCUCUAAACAUUGCUUAUGAAAGCAACACGGUCACUGCAUGUUCUCCAAUUAUUUCACAGUUCCUUCGAGGGAGAACACUGGCUUUGAAUGUCCUGAAUUUCCAGUAUUUUGAGGACAAACCAGAGAGCCUGCUACUCUUGAGGAGUGUAAAAGUCUUCAUACAUGGAAAGAAAAUGCCACCCAGACUAGGUUACUCAGUCAUGGAAAAAUGUUUGGAAACGUUACAGCCACCAACAGUAGAUGAGGACUACGCUCCUGCCUUUGAACAUAUGGAGGAAUGGGUGAAAAAUUUAGCUAAAAAUGAAGAUAAUGUGAGGAAUUUUAUAAACAGCCAACCUCUGCAUCCACCCAACAUCAGUGCUGGCUAUUGGAAACUGUCACCCAAGUGGUACAAGAUCCCUAGGCUGGAAAUUGCAGUAGCCAACAUGGAUCCUGCAGACGGAGCACUGCUCCAGUUCCUAAUGGAAGUCUUCUCAGCAUCACAGAAUAUCGAACUCCAUUUGAACCACAGCAAUGGCUUUCUUGAAAGCAUCCACCCUGCUCUGGAGCUUCAUAAGUCCUCUGUCACCAAGUGCUCCAUGUGUGGACUGGAGCUCAGCACAGCAGAACAGGAGCUGCUUCUUACCCUGCUUGCCCUGCAGUCUCUUGAGGUCUCAGGAACAAACCAGUUACCAGAUCAACUCUUCAGUAACUUGGACAAGUUCCCAAACUUGAAAGAACUCUCUGUGAGACUAACUGGCAAACCAGAUGUGCUUUCAGUCAUCCCUGGAGAUUUCCCAAACCUCCACCACAUGGAGAAGUUAUGCAUCGAAACUUCCACAGAGUCUGACAUCUCCAAAUUGGUUAAAUUGAUUCAGAACUCUCCAAAUCUUCAUGUUUUCUGUCUGAAAGAUACUUUCUUUUCGGAUUUUGAGUCUCUCGUGACUGUGCUUGCUUCCUGCAAGAAACUCAGAGAGAUUGAGUUUUCUGGAGGAUGCUUUGAAACCAUGCCAUUUGUCAAUAUUUUGCCAAAGUUUGUUUCACUGAAGGUAUUAAAUCUUACAUGUCAACAAAUUCCAGAUAAGGAAACAUCAGAAACAUUUGCCCAGGCUCUGGGUUCUCUCAGGAACCUGGAGGAACUGUUCCUUCCCACUGGGGAUGGGAUCCAGCAAGUGGCCAGACUGAUUGUCCGGCAGUGUCUGCAGCUUCAGUGUCUCCGAGUUCUUGCCUUUCACCACACCUUGGAUGACGACAGUGUGAUGGAAAUCGCCAAGGGAGUGACCAGCGGAGCUUUCCAGAAACUUGAAACCUUAGACCUUUCAGUGAAUCACAAGAUCACAGAGGAAGGGUACAGAAAUUUCUUUCAAACCCUGGACAACCUGCCAAACUUGCAGGUGCUGAACAUCUGCAGGAGUCUCCCAGAACGCAUCUAAGUUCAGGCCACCACUGUCAAGGCUCUGAGUCAGUGUGUGUCCCGACUGCCCAGCCUCACCAGGCUGGAGAUGCUCAGUUGGCUCCUGGAUGAAGAGGAUCUGAGGGUGAUUAAUGCUGUGAAGGAAAGGCACCCUCAGUCCAAACACUUGACUGUCCUCUGGAAAUGGAUAGUGCCCUUCUCUCCUGUCAUCCAGAAGUAGAAGAUGCAGCUGAAGGCUACUGGCAGUU